AAUUUAACUAUCAUUGUUGGUUGUGAAUUCUUGGCACGUGGUUUUGAAGAAAACUGCUCCAUCGUGUGGUUACAUUUCGAUAGUAUCGAAGAACAUUGAACUGCUACAAUGGCUCCGAUCCGCGGUUUGAUAAAUCCAUUCCAAUUCUUUAACAUGCUAUUCGCCACUAUCGAAAUAUUCUUUUUACUCAAUGUGCUUGAUCAGAAGAUCGUCUGUAGUGGCUCUCGGUGUCAUUUUCAAGAAUACGAUGGUAUAGAAUUCGUGGCUUUGCUGAUGAUCAUUGAUCCAAUCGUGAUGCUCAUUGGAAUUAUAUUGGCACAACCUCGAUUGCUGCAAAUCUGCAAGGUUUACAAUCUCGUGGAGAAAACGCUGCUGUUGUGUUCAAUAUUUCUGCUGAGCAUUUUCACUAGCGGUCUGUUGAUAGAGAACAUCAGCAACCAAAUUCUCACCGAGAAGGACCGCAUCACGAUGGCGUUGUUCUACGCUCUAUUGUCUUCAGCCGUUUUGAUAAUAACUCUGUACACAAUAUUCCGCAAUUGGAUGAUCAACGGAGCCAUAAAAUCCGUCGAAUAUGACAAUGAGAUGAAGAAUCAGGGCCAAGCCUUCCUGAGCGCCAACAGUGGCAAAUCAUUUGUAUAGUUUGACACAUAUAAUCAAUGUGUAGAGUACCUUUCAAUGGAUAGGGUAAUUCAAGUCUGGAACUUGAUGACUACACUGUAGUUUUUUCAUCUAUACAUAUGUUAAUGUUCAAUCUCGAUUGUUUCCUGUCUUAAAUUUCAUGAUUAAACUUAAAAUAAAGCGUCCGUUAAA